AUGUCUACCAACGCUGACCCUACUACUUUUUCCGAUAAAUCACCGUUUAUUAACGUAAGCGGCGUUGUCAAUUUUCGUGAUCUGGGCGGUUACUCAUGUCUCACUCCUCUCACCCCUGUCUCAAAUGGUUCACCGGUGAUAGCGUCAAAGGGAUCCCCCUCAUCAUACAUUCGCCCCGGCUUCUUGUUCCGUUCAGCACAGCCUUCACAAAUUACCGAGACUGGUAUCGAAGUUCUGACGCACAAGCUUAAUAUCGGAGCUAUAUUUGACUUUCGGUCACAGACAGAAAUCCAGCUUGUUGCGACUCGAUAUCCAGAUUCCCUGCUCGAAAUACCAUUUACUAGCCGAUACGCUGUUCCAGUGUUCGAACAUUGCGACUUUUCUCCGGUCUCGCUGUCUAAGAAGUAUGGGGCUCCGUCAAACGCUCCUCCUACAGAAGCCGAGCACGGUAGCUUCGUCCAGGCUUAUGAAGAUAUCGCCCGCAGUGCAGCGGAAAAUGGAAGUUUUCGCAGCAUAACAGAUCAUAUUCUGCGAUAUCCCGACAUGCCAAUUCUUUUUCAUUGUACGGUUGGCAAAGACAGAACUGGUGUGUUUGCAGCAUUGUUGUUGAAGCUGUGUGGAGUGUCUGAUGAAGUAGUUAUUCAAGACUACGCACUCACUACUCAAGGCCUAGGUGCAUGGCGCGAACACCUGAUUCAGCGCCUGCUGCAAAGGAAUGAUGUUGCUACCCGUGAGGAUGCCGAGUUCAUACUCGCUAGCCGACCAGAGACUAUGAAGUCAUUCUUGGCAGAUGUGGUGGAAACCAAAUUUGGAGGAGCUCGCAACUAUUUUACUCUGCUGUGCGGAUUGACCGAGGACGAUGUCAAUAACUUGAUCUCCCUUGUAGUUAUUCAUAAUACAAAUUAG